AUGUGGACGCGCACCAUCCUUCGCGCUGGCCGGGGGCUUUUCGGCAGCCAUGCCCGAGCCACCUCGCGCCUUCCCGCCUCGCCUCGCGUUACGCCGAGCAUGCGUACCAUGUCUUCACAAGAACCCGAAAGCCUCAAAGAAGCUGCUGCCUCCAGCGCACAAUCAGCCAUGAAGGCCUUUGGUGUGGUCAUGGCCACGACCGUGGUGGCGGGUGUCGGCAUCUACACCUAUCAAAUUAGCCAGGAGAAGGGCAUUAACAUUGAGGAGCUCAACCGCCGCGUCGACACCAAGGGUAAGCGUGGGGGUGACUCCAACGUGGAUCCCCUCCGGGCACUCAUCGCCAAGAAUCAAGAGCUCAAGCCUGUCAACUUUCAAGGCGUCAUCGAGCUGCAAACCGCCUGGCUCAACGCGAACGACCCCAUGGAAGAUCGUCAUAGCGCCCACUCACUUGGAGCUCACGGUGUGCUGGUGGGCAUGUUUGACGGACAUUCUGGCUUUGCCGCCUCCGAUGCUGCUUCGACCUUCCUCUCCAGCUACAUCAACAAAAGUCUCACCAACGUGCCUCCCAACGCGGAUGAACUCACCAUCUGUGAGGCCUUGGAACAAGCCUUCUUGGACUUUGAUCGCGAUUUUACUGAAACUGUACCCAACAUGGCACUCAAGACUGGCAACUCGGACGUGAUCGAGGCCUUUGUCAACCCUGCUUUGGCUGGUGCGGUCUCCGUCAACGCCUUGAUCCACCCAACCGGCAUUUUCGUGGCCAACACUGGCGAUUGCCGUUGCGUCAUGGGUGUCCGCCGCGGGGUCGGCCACCGCCCCGUCAUCAUGAGCAUUGACCAGACCGGCGAUACGCCCUCGGAGAUUUUGCGCUUGCAACAGGAGCAUCCAGGCGAGGAAGAGUCGGUCGUCCGUCGUGGACGCGUGCUUGGCAACCUUCAACCUGCUCGUGCCUUUGGUGACAGCCGCUACAAGUGGUCCCGUGAUCUCAUGCAGCAGUUGGGUGUGCGCGUGCCCAAUGGCUACCUUACCCCACCUUACGUCACUGCCCGGCCCGAAGUGCUUUUUUACCCCCAUGCCCCGGCCAACGCCUUCCUCAUCAUGGCCACCGAUGGCCUCUGGGACGUCGUCGAUCCGGAGGCGGCCGUGCAGACUGUCAGCCAGGCUCUGGCCAACGGUGCCGACGCGCUCUCAGCAGCUGGAAAGCUGGUGCAUCAUGCCUUGGAAAAUUAUGCACGAGAGGCUCAGCUGCCGCUCGACUCGCUCAUGGAGAUUCCCGCUGGUCAGGCUCGCAACUUCCGCGACGACAUUACGGUCACGGUCGUCAUGUUGGACUCGGUGGAGAAGCCGCCUGUCAUUGAGGAGACUGCGCCCGGAGUGCCGUCGGUUAUCGACGCGGCACAAAUUCUCAGCCAGCUGAGCAGUCCUCCCGAUGUUUUGCUGCCCCAGGUGUUUGAGAAUGCCGUUGGUAACCAGCAGGGCCCCAACCAGCCAGUGAACCAGGCUUCGGCUGAGGCAUCGUCUGCCUCCGCGGAGCAGGCCCAGCCAACCACGGAGCCCUCGUCGGGCGCAUGAGGCUUGAGACCGGGCUGAGGCAAGGUGGCCUAGAAUGCCUUUUCCUUUAAUCACUCUUUCCCUGUGCCAUGGCGUCUUUGCUUUGGCGUCUUGACUUUGUGUUUCAUGUUAUCGACUUGUGUCCCGUGGCUCUUCUUCCUGAGCUUUGACCUCUGCAGUUGACAUGUGACUUC